AUGGCAAAACAACAACAUAACAUUAUUAAUCUUGUCUUCCUUUGCAUCAUCGUCACCUUGUUCUGCGCAUGUUGGGUUCCGGCGGCGACGGAGGAGCUAGCAGCCCCCGUCUUCCUAUUCGGCGAUUCGCUUUUAGACGUGGGGACUAACAAUUACCUAAUCGGAAGCAAAGCCACUGCUAAUAAUCCUUAUUAUGGAAUUGACUAUCCUAACUCCACUCCUACUGGCAGGUUCAGUAAUGGCCGCAACUUUGCUGAUUACAUCGCGAGUCUAUUGAAUUAUUCCGACGAAAGUCCGCCGCCUUUUCUUGCUCUGAUCCAAGAUAUGGGCAACUUCAACCGCAACAUUUUGGGUGGUGUGAACUUUGCUUCCGGAGGAUCAGGAGUUUUUGACAGGACCGGAUGUCAAGCAUUUACAAAUGUUGUUUCAUGGAAGCAACAAAUUCGGCAAUUCGAAACAGUUUGUGGGAACAUCACACAAUCGUUGGGUGAAAUCAAAGCUGGAAAACUCAUCUCAAAUGCCCUCUACAUCAUCAGUGUCGGAAGCAACGACUUGUUCGACUAUCAUCGUUUCUCACCGCCUAUUUCUGGACCACAUUUCUUAGCCAAUCUCAACAAUGCCCUCGCCAUUAAACUAAAGAUUUUGUAUACUUUGGGAGCAAGAAAAUUUGGGUUGUUAGGGGUCCCAGCUCUGGGGUGUUCCCCGGCGAUACGUAGUAUGAACGGCGGCGCGUGCAACGAGACACUGAAUAGCAUGGCUGAAGCUUUCCAUGAUUCAACUCUCACCCUUCUCCACAACUUGAGCCAAGCAAAUCCAGGGAUGCAUUAUGCACUUGGAAACUCUUACAAGCUGACUAGGGUAAUUAUCGACCAUCCAGCCCUAGGAGGUUUUAAGGUUGCCUCGAAUGCUUGUUGUGGACAGGGACCAAACAAGGGACAAGGAAAAUGCAUGGAAACAUCGAAUCUAUGCAAGAACCGCGAUUCCUACGUCUUCUUCGACUUGUUUCAUCCCACACAAACAGCGUCUAAUUAUGCCGCCAUAUUUCUUGUCUCCGGGGGGAAUCAAACUGUUUCACCCAUCAACUUUACAACCUUGGCUAAUAUUCACGUCUAA